GUCGGGAGAAAAGGCCGCGUUUGUUCCCGGCUCCUUCAGUGCCGUGUCCUGCGGAACACGGAACCGCCUUUGAGCUGUAAAUCCGCGGGAGGGUGAUUCCCGUUGGCAUUGCUGGACAGCAGGUGGUGAUACCGGCUGAGGUAGAAGAAACACUGAAGCGAAUUCAGAGCCAGAAAGGAGUGCAAGGAAUCAUUGUUGUUAAUUCUGAAGGUAUUCCUAUCAAAAGUACUAUGGACAACACCACAACCAUUCAGUACGCUGGCCUAAUGCACAGCUUCAUCAUGAAGGCAAGGAGCACCGUGCGAGACAUUGAUCCCCAAAAUGACCUCACAUUCCUGCGGAUCCGCUCCAAGAAAAAUGAAAUCAUGGUUGCUCCAGAUAAAGACUACUUCUUGAUUGUCAUCCAGAAUCCAACUGAAUGAUCACACUAACUUGAUCUGCUUUUCUCCCUUUGCCCGACUUUUCCUUUUUUCUUUUUUAAUUUAAAGCUAAAGAGUAGAGCUCUGGUGUUAACUCUGCUGUGCCACUUCUUUGGUGUUAGGGAAGAACAAAAGCAGGUGUUCUUGUUGUCUGUAUGUUUUUUACAUACAGCAAAAGUGGCUUCUUUUGGUAUCACUUUGGUGUCGUUUUGAGGAGAUGGGGAAUUAGAAUCUGGUGACCUUGGAAGUAAAAAAAGUAAAAUAAAAGUGCGACAGAUUCUUUUUAUAGUUGAUGAGAUAACAUAAACUAUCCUAAUAGUGUUCUAAACGAUUCUUCUCUGUACAUUUCCAUGAUCCUGUCACCACUAUUUGAGUUAAGCUCUUACACUGUUACUUCUGAAUGACUGUAAAUAUGAAACUUUCCUGUCCUGCUGUUCUCUCUUGUUUUAUAAGUUACUUUGAACAAGUCUGGUCAUAUUAAAUUACGAAAGUGUCAGCAGUGAUGGCUUUUGUCUUGUUUUUUCCCUGUCUUGUAAGGAGUUGAAUUAUUGUCGUGAUUGUUUUUUUUUUCUUCAAAAAGUAGAACCUUUGUAGGGCGUUUUUCCUAUCUGUUGCUGCUUCUGAACAGUGAUUCACUUCAAAUACCUGUACUGCAUGCUUACAACUGCAGGCAGAGCGUUUCUCCAUCAUGUCUCUUUGUUGUCUCAGGCAGCAGGGAGAGGUGCUGUGACUGAGUGCAGACAUCCAGGCUCUUUUGGAGCUCUCAGCUGUCACAGCUCAGGAACUGCUUUCAUCUGAUCCUUCGCUCUCGUCAUUUGUUUUUUGGUUCAUGUUAUUAAAGAUAAAAAAAAUGUUAUCUGGUCCCUCUGAAAUAAUAAAGGGAUUGUUUUUUUGUAGCCUUGAAGAAGUCUUGUAACUGCAUGCAGAGUUCAAGAAUUUGUGCCCAGUGUUUGUGUCACCAAUGUGUGUCCCUCCUGGCAGACACAACUCUGCCUUGUACUGAAAUGUCCCAGUGCUCUGCAGAAUGUCACGGCCCACAUUAAAAAAUGAUGCAUCUUA